GUUUCCGGGUACUUGGUGCUGGCUGUGAUCUGUGUAACUAAUUAGGAGAUGAAGAUAACGCUGAUAUAGUAAAAGUUGAGAUCACAGAAGAUCUGUGUGUGAGGCGUCAGCUUAGAGCUCUGGAUGAGGAAACCAGUGACAGUAUCAACCCAGGCCGUAUGGAUGUGACGCCUUCAGAUGGCUCAGCAGGUGAGCACGGAGGAGAACCAGAUGUGUGUGAUCUGGUGAAGACUGAGGAGGAUGAAGUUCCUAUAAAUACAGCUACAGGUUGCAAUCCUACUCAUGGUGAAAAUACAGAUACUUGUUUCAAUCUUCUUCAAAAUCAAAGAAGCCAAGUGGGAAAUUUAUGUUCUGAAGAUGGGAAAUGUUUUACCAAGAAAUUAAAUAUUUUAAGACAUCAGAAAUGUUAUACAGGGGAGAAAGCAUUUUCAUGUACUGAAUGUGAGAAAUGUUUUUCCUGGAAAUCACAUCUUAUUAGGCAUCAGAAAAUUCAUACAGGAGAAAAAGCAUUUUCAUGUUCUGAAUGUGGGAAAUGUUUUAAUCAAAAAUCAUAUCUUAUUACUCAUCAGAGAUAUCAUAUCGGGGAGAAAGCAUUUUCAUGUUCUAAAUGUGGGAAAUGUUUUACUGAGAAAUCAGUUCUUAUUAGACAUCAGAAAAUUCAUACAGGAGAGAAGGUCUUUCCAUGUUCUGAAUGUGGGAAAUGUUUUGCUGAGAAAUCAAAUCUUAUAACACAUCAGAAAAUUCAUACAGGAGAGAAAGUAUUUUCAUGCCCUGAAUGUGGGAAAUGUUUUGCUCAGAAAUCACAUCUUAUUGCGCAUAAAAAAAUUCAUACAGGAGAAAAAGCAUUUUCAUGUUCUGUAUGUGGGAAAUGCUUUACUGAGAAAUCAACUGUUAUUAAGCAUCAGAAAGUUCAUACAGGAGAGAAAGCAUUUUCAUGUUCUGAAUGUGGGAAAUGUUUUGCUCGGAAAUCAAAUCUUAUUACGCAUCAGAAAAUUCAUAUAGGUGAGAAAGCAUUUUCAUGUUCUGAAUGUGGGAAAUGUUUUAUUCUGAAAUUAAAUCUUAUUACUCAUCAGAAAAUACAUACAGGGGAAAAAGCAUUUUCAUGUUCUGAAUGUGGGAAAUGUUUUAUUCUAAAAUCACAUCUUAUUAGACAUCAGAAAGUUCAUACAGGGGAGAAAGCAUUUCCAUGUUCUGAAUGUGGGAAAUGUUUUACGCGGAAAUCAAAUCUUAUUACACAUCAAAAAAUUCAUGCAGGAGAGAAAGCAUUUUCGUGUUCUGACUGUGGGAAAUGUUUUGCUCAGAAAUCAAAUCUUAUUGCACACCAAAAAACCCAUAGAGGAGAGAAAGCAUUUUCAUGCUCUGAAUGUGGGAAAUGGUUUACUGAGAAAUCAAAUCUUAUUAGGCAUCAUAAAAUUCAUACAGGGGAGAAAGCAUUUUCAUGUUCUGAAUGUGGGAAAUGUUUUACUGAGAAAUCAACUCUUAUUAGGCAUCAGAAAAUUCAUACAGGAAAGAAAGCAUUUUUAUGUUCUGAAUGUGGGAAAUGUUUUAUUCUAAAAACACAUUUUACUAGGCACCAAAAAAUCCAUAUUAAAAGAAGCCAGGGAAAUUAGAGCUUAAACUUUUAAGUGCAUAAGCCAACAUCACUAUUCACACAAUGUCUAGAGUUCUAAUAGUGACUACAUGUAGUCAUGAGGGAGUGUAUGUUUAGAGCUGUUUAAGAGGCCUCCUUCGUCUCAAGUGCUUACAAGAUGAACCUGUGUGUUUAUCAUCCUUGGGGGUAUGCAGGGUCCCUAUAUAGGUUUAAAUUGCCAAGUGAUCACCUGGUAAUCACCAGUGUGCAUUUAUUUAAGUAGAAGGCAUAGUAAGGAGACUCCUAUGUGCAGGUCAACAUUAUAUACCUAUAUAUAUAUGCCCAAAGGCUCAUAUAUAUUUUGAUAAGCCCUUAUUUAAAUUGUAGGUACUGUUGAGUGUAUUAUAGUCAGGUGAUCCCUGAGGCAACAGCGUAUCCCUAGCUGGAAUUUAAAUUAAUCACUACAUUGGCAUCAAAAGUGCUAGAGGCUUUUAAAAGCUUGUCUGAUUUAGGAUAGCCCCAAUGGAUGCAUAAAAAUGCAUUGUGCUAAAAUAUAACCACAAUAUUUUUUUUCUUUACUUUUGAUUUCUAAUUGCUAUCUGAUAUAGAAAAACACGUAAUUAUUUUCCACUUCUGUUUAUUUUACAAAGGAUACCUAAUAUAAUUAUAGAUCCGUACAUGUUUUGACUAUAGUUGAGGGGUGAAAACUCAUACUGUAUUGUUUAUAAUCUUGUUUAAUUAAAUUAUAGUAAAAAAAUGAUUUUGUCAUGCUUUUUGUUGUAGAUUUCUCAUGUCUUUUUAUAUGUGUUUCUCACUGGCAAAUUACUUCCAGUAGAGCUUAAAUGUGAGUAGCAUCUAAAAGCUUGAAAACGGCUCAUCAAAGGGCUUUGAAAUGGUUCAGCAGUUAUGGGGUUAAAUGGGUGUUAAACACAUUUAGAUUUUAGUAUAAAGUGUUUAAUUAUGUAUGUAACUUUUGCCAUAUCAUUUUGUUUUCUCUUGUGUUCCCCUUUCCUGUAUGUAAUGCAACUGUCCAAUUUCCAUGAGUUUCAAUAAAGCAAUAGUAAUAAAGUUAAA